AUGAGGAUUACAGAGCACAGUGGUGGCUCGGCCUUCACAUUUGCUCACCGCUCAUUCAUGAAUCCGUCCACAGAAACCUACAACCUGCAGUCCUCAUUCACGGUUGUUUUGAAGAACCUCCUCAUUUGCGUCAUCCUGUUCUACGCUGUGUACUAUGCGUCUCUGAGCUUGUGCUGCCUGACACUCAAGCUCUAUGAGUUGGAUGUUCUGGCACCAUUUGACUUCAAAACAACUCCCUCAUGGCUCAACACAAAUUAUAGAGUUCUUUUAGUGUCCACAGAGGUUACCUACUUUGUGUGUGGAUUGCUUUUUGUUCUGGUUGUGGAGGAGUGGUUAUGGGAUUAUGCCAUUUCAGUAACUGUUCUUCAUGUUGCCAUCACAUCAGCUGUUAUGCUGGAAUUCCCCUGGACAUCACACUGGUGGGCUGCCUUAGGUAUAUUGGAAUUGUUCCGGUUUGGAUUUUUUUAA